CCGCGUCCCCACGCAGCUGCUGGCAGUGGCCUCCGGAGUUUGCGGCGAGCGGGCUGGAGACCAUCACGGCCUGCGCGCUCCGUUUCUGGCUCCGGAGCUGCGCCAGGCGGGCGCCGCGGGUGUCCUAGCGGGGGAAACCGAAACCAAAGCGUCUCGUACCAGUCCCCGGCCGGCCCGCCGGCCAGGUGUCCCGAGAGCCCUCGCGCCCCCCUGCGGAUCACGGAGCCCAGCGCAGCGACCGGCCCGCGGGCGUCCGAGGGUCGUGGCCGCACCGGCGGCCUCUCCCCCUUCCUGUUGGGUCGCCGGCGUUCGCCAGUGAGCCGCGCGCACAAUGGCCAGGUGCUGCUUCUACGCGGUGGGGACCCUGUCCCUGCUCCUGCUUGUGACCAGCGUCACUCUGCUAGUGGCCAGGGUCUUCCAGAAGGCCGUGGACCAGACGAUCGAGAAGAAUAUUGUGCUAAGGAACGGUUCCGAGACCUUUGACUCCUGGAAGAAGCCCCCUCUGCCCGUGUACUCCCAGUUCUAUUUCUUCAAUGUCACCAAUCCAGAGGAGAUCCUCAGAGGGGAGAUCCCUCGGUUAGAAGAAGUGGGGCCAUACACCUACAGGGAAAUCAGAGACAAAGCAGAGAUUCAGUUUGGAGACAAUGGAACAACAAUAUCUGCUGUCAGCAACAAGACCUAUGUUUUCGUGCGAGACCAGUCUGUUGGGGACGCCAGAACAGACCUGAUCAGAACAGUGAACAUCCCUGCGGUGACUGCCAUGGAAUGGGCCCACCAGGGCUUCACCCAGAUGCUCAUCCGGGCGCUGUUAAAGGCGUACCAGCAGAACUUCUUUGUGACGCACACAGUCCACGACUUGCUCUGGGGCUACAAAGAUGAGCUCCUGGCCCUCAUCCACCCGUUCAAACCCGACAUCUCGCCCUCUUUUGGCUUGUACUAUGGGAGAAAUGGGAGUAAUGAUGGAGACUAUGUUUUUCUAACUGGAGAAGACAAUUACCUUAACUUCUCGAAGAUUGUGGAAUGGAAUGGAAAAACGUCCCUUGACUGGUGGGCAACAGACAAAUGCAACAUGAUUAAUGGAACGGAUGGCGACACUUUUCACCCGCUCAUCACCAAGGAUGAGACCCUGUAUGUCUUUCCAUCUGACUUUUGCAGGUCAUUGUAUAUAACUUUCAGUAACUUUGAGAGCGUACAGGGACUGCCUGCCUUUCGGUUUAAGGUGCCUGAAGAAAUAUUAGCCAACACCUCAGACAACGCCGGCUUCUGUACACCUGCAGGAAACUGCCUGGGCUCGGGAGUCCUGAAUGUCAGCGUCUGCAAGAAUGGCGCACCUAUUAUUUUGUCUUUCCCACACUUCUACCAAGCAGAUGAGAAGUUCGUUUCUGCCAUAGAAGGCAUGCAUCCAAACAAGGAAUAUCAUGAGACGUUUGUGGACAUUAAUCCUUUGACUGGAAUUAUCCUAAGAGCAGCCAAGAGGUUCCAAGUCAAUGUUUACGUCCGAAAACUAGAUGGCUUUAUUGAGACAGGAGACGUGAGAACCAUGGUUUUCCCAGUGAUGCACGUCAACGAGAGUGUUCUCAUUGAUAAGGAGACGGCAAGUCGACUGAAGUCUGUGGUUAACACUACUCUGAUUGUCACCAACAUACCCUACAUUGUCAUGGCGCUGGGCGUGUUCUUUGGUUUGAUCUUCACCUGGCUUGCGUGCCGAGGCCAGGGAUCCAUGGACGAGGGAACUGCAGAUGAAAGAGCGCCCCUCAUACGAACCUAGCUGUGGCCUGAGCAUGAUGAAGGCACCGUGCUGAACUGUCCUGACCCGGAUCAGAUGUGGGCAAACCGUUGCAUCCUCACUGGCUCGAUGUCUGUUGUGAGAGGAGGGAGGAGACCUAGAGCUAGCAAGUGAUGAGAGCCUCCGGCCGGAGCCUAAAGAACAGGCUAAUUCGUUGGCCAUUGGGCUUUAUCAGAUCUGUGGUCCCUGACCAAGUGUUUUGUUUUUCAUGUGUCUAGCAAGUAUUUAAUAAACUCUUGUACAGUAAUUUUUUUGCGGGUGGGUGCUGGUAGCUCCAGAAUCUUGUGACCACUGUUGUGGUUAUAAUGUCUCUGCAUCAGUCGUUAAUGCUAUUUGGUCUAACCUUAUUGAGUACGCUUCAUUCACCGAACUGUGUACUCAGAAUACAUAAGUACCAUUUGUUUGUUGUAUUUCUCCAUUCACAUCACCCCCAAACCAGAAGUAAAGAAAGGUUCGGAACCCAGGGUAAAAUGGUAGCCUUGUUCAGUGCAUCAUUCAAGUGCAUCUAAUUUCCUUGUUUAAAAACUUGUAUAUUACAUUUCAUGCUAAUUGUCAGUGCACAAUUCCUCCAGGAACAUGAUGCCGUCCUCUGACCACUUUCACACUGGUAGGAAUCAAGUGGUGAGGAGGUUUGAUGGAGUGAGGCACCUGUAAGUUGGUAGCUAUAAACCCCUGAGGAUUUUUUACUUGCACUUUUGGGUGAAAGAAAUGCAUAGAUAAUGCUGGUGAGGACAGUGCAGAUAUUCCAUACAGAGCAGAACUAAAUGCUAGUUCUGAGAUUUGUGGAUAGUUUGUUAUUUUUCUAAUUGAAAUGAUCUUGAUGUGGAAAGGUACUCCUGGGAGAAUGUAAUCAAUAACUGAUCCCCUGCCCAAUCACCCUUGCUAAAUAUACUAUAUUACCACAAUACUAUCGAGUGAUUAUUUGUGAAAUUAUUUAUGCAUAUAGGAAAUCCAUGCAUCCACAGCCUAAGUUGCCUAGAAGUUUCAGGAAGUCUCCCUACACUAAAGAAACAUUUCUUUGGGGACAGUCUUUUUGGUAACUUUGAAAUUGUUUUUAUAAGUUUCCUUCUUUCCUCAGAUUCAGUUCCUUUUGAUGUUUUGUGGCUCACUGUCAGUUGUUCAACAGAGAAAAAUGUGCCCUACGCUUCUGUGACAAUCAUCUUCCAGACAGAAAAACAGUGUCUUUAAAAUAUUGCUCAGAAAGUGCUUCAAGGUCCCUUGGGACCAGAAGCAGAGUCGUCUGUGCUCAGAAAAUCUCUUGGUUUUCAGUGUAAGCUAAGUCAGGGGAAUGAACGAUCAUAUGUCACAGGAUUCAAGCAGAGUGAAAGACACUAUUUUUUCAUUCUCAAGGGUCAAAAUUCAAUUUUGAUUGAGAAACCUAUACAGUUGUCUGGCAAAGUGCACAUAGAAUAUCUUAACUGAAUGAUUCUACAGGAUUUUUUGUUUAAAACUGAAUUUCAGCAUAAGCAAAUGAAGAAAAAAUGCCAUGGAUUUUACAAAUACAGCUUAUGAUCCCUGUAUGGGGAUGAUAAAUUGCUUUAGUUUAUUUGCCCCAAUUUUCUCUCUCACUCUACACUGCAGGUAUAUAAUUAAUAAAGGCAAUUCAUUAAAAUCUCCACAUCUCUGUAAAUUAAGAUAGAACCUAUAGUUACCCCAAAUCAACAAAAUGUGAAAAACUAAAUUUUGUCUUCAAUAAUGCCAAAUAUCUAGAUUUUUGAAUUUAUCAAUAUUUAACUAGAUAAUUGGCAUAUAUUAUUUUUUAUGCAUCCACUCAGCCAUACUACUAAAACCGAUAAGCCAGUGCAUACUCACUAGUUCAUGCUAUCAUCAGGGUAUAAUCAUCUGUGAGAAGGAAAUUUUUAAGUACUAUGAAGGAUAAUCGUUGAUGAUAUAGACCUUGAGACUAAAUCCCACCCACACAGAUGGGGAGACCAAAAAUAUACUCUUCCCAUAGAAUUCUUAAUUAGUUACUGGGCUUAAAAUCACAUUUGGUAUUUCCCUUCAGAGAAGUCUGUAGCAAACCUAUACACUGCUGUCAAGAUUGUAGAUUGGUUAAGAAAGACUGUACUACCUAUUUGAUUUUAGAUUGAAAAUAACACACUGUUCCUCAUGUUCACUCUCUUGGAGCCAUUUUCCUGGAAAGGCCCCCAAAGUCUUUGCAAUUGUCACUAAAUCACAUGUCCUGUAGUAUGAUACUCAACUAGGGAGAAACCAGAGAGGUUACCUCACUUCUCAGGGAAAACAGAGUUGAACACGGGACAGGAAGUAGGUGUGGCCACUUUUGGCUCCAGGCUUUAUUUCCUCACUAAUGGUCAACUGGAGCAAGUACUGCAUAACUAAUCCCUAUUGGAAUUUUUACUUAAGGGAGGCUAAUUUUUUAUUUACAUUGCUCAAGAUAAGGAGUUCUGCAACGUCGACCUUCAUACUUGGCCGUCUGAGUGUUAUUACUGGAGUUAAUUGUGUGUGGCUAUUAAAAGAGAAUACUGACCUGAAUGUUCUUAAUGUAGCUUGUGUAGCUGGUUCAUUUCAUGUGACUCUUGACAUGUUUAUUUCUACCCUUAAUUCAAUUAAGUAUUUCACUAAUAAAAAAACAUUUAUAUGAAA